AUGAAGCAUGCACUGGAAAUUUUUCCUCGUGAAGUUUGGGAAAAGAUUUUUAUAAAAUUAAGCAAUAAAGAACGCUUCAAAUUUCGGUAUUUGUGCCAAACUUUUUACGAGGCCAUUGAAAGAAUUAUUACUAGGAAUAAGUUAUGGGGAACGUUAUUUCAAAAAAAUGCAACUUAUUGGAAGAGUCAAAUUAUAGCCAAGCGAUUUCCAACAGUGAGACAAAAACAGUGGAGACUGUUCUUCCAGAGUGUUUUUAAGCAAAUGUUCCUUUCCUACCAAAAAUGGAAGUUGUUUGGAAAUAGUAACCGCGAACUGGACAAAAAAUCUUGUGAUUUCACUAAAAAUUUCGGAGAUAAUGAAGUAAUUACUUGCUUUGAUGUUUGGGUAAAAAUUUUAGCUGUUGGAACAAAUAAUGGAUCUAUUUACUUUUACAAAGUAGAUCGAAUAAACCAUCAACCUAUAUAUCACACAAAAAAUCAAAAUUCUGUCGCUCAAAUAAAAUUAUGGUACUUGGGCCCUAAGGAAUUAAUUGCAGUCACAACAUCCGCGAGAGAACAGCUCAAAUUUUGGAAUGUCUACCUAAAGAGAGAAAUUGUUACUUCUGAAGUAUACUACGGCAGAAAUCUAUGGUUCGUUGGCUUGAACCGUCGAUUGUUUGUUGAACAUGAGUAUACAAUCACUGAAUAUAAAUUCGAUUUAAACCAAAUUCAUCAAGGAGCUAAUUGUCAGGUUGAGAUAUACAACGAUCCAGAUGCUAAAUUUUUGGCACUUUACAGCGAACAAGACAAAUUACAAGUAUUGAUGCAAUUUGGAACGGCUGCAGUGAUUACAAUUUUUCAGAUUCAACAAAACAUUCCAGUAUUUACUCAGAUUGACGAUGACUUUUUUCCACUAAGACCCAGCACUACUCGAGUCGGUGAUGAUAUAAUCGUCGAUGAUGAUCUGAUAUGUGAAUUCCACAUUUCUAGUAUGAAUGUCACUAUUCUUGCACAUGCUGGAUUUCUCACUGCUAGAGUAAUACAAGCUAAGGACACAGUAUCUGUUUGGGAAGUCUGCAGUAUACCAUUAGCCAAAAAUGAGAUAGUUACAUGUGUUUUUAUUUUUGCAGAUCUUUUGUUGAUUGGACUAAACACAGGAGACAUCAAUGUGUAUGCAAUUGAGAACAUCAAAAGUUUACUGGACACUGCUCUAAUUUUUAAAAAUUUAAGAGUUAUAAAAGUAGGCAGCACCAAUAAAAUUGACGAUAAUGGAUUUGAAAGGACUCUCGGCAAUCCAUUAGAAUCUGCUGGCACGUCUAGAAACGUUUCAAGAGAAAUUAUAACAGGAUCACCUAAAACAUUAAAAGCCACCAUCAUAACUGAUACUGACACCAUUAUUCCUGAAGAUACAGUGACUCCUGUCGGCGAGCCCAUUGUUUCGGCUUUGAAGACCAAUUCAGUUGGUGAAAUUAUUAUUAGUACCAUAGAAAUACCCCAAGCUCGUACACUAGAAGUUACUACAGAAGCUCAAGUAUUUAGUACUGCUAUAACACCAAUUACAGAUGAUGUAAUUAAAAUUUUGACAGCUAAAACAACUGCGGAAUCACUAAUUGAUUCAACAACAUCAAUUAAAUCAACGAAAGAUGAUUCAAUUAGUACUGUAACGCCAGAUGAAACAACUACAAGUACACCGACUACAGAAACUGAAGUAAGUAGUACUACAACACCAACUACAAAUGAUGAAAUUAGUACUUUGACACCUGAAAUAAAUGAAAAAUCAGCUUUUGUCUUAAUGACACAUAAUGAAUUGGCUUCAUAUGGUAUAACUACUACUUCAACACCCGAAAAAAUUAUAGAUGCUCACAAUGGUGGUUGUUCAGACCAGACGGUUUAUUUUGAAACACGAAACACCGGAAUAUUGCAACUGGUACCUAAUCAAUUGCCACAAUAA